AUGAAAGACGAACAGUCGAGCGGAGUCUUCCCUUCACAAGGGACUGAAGUACCAACUACAGCGGAUGAGACCAAGUCUGACAGUGGCAGUAAGACGCUGAAUCAGUCGGAGGACGAAAAGAGCACCGGCCCUGUCUUCAACGAACAGACGAACUAUGUUCGUCCGAGGGUCAUCAUCACUAUCUUCCUGGCUUGUGCCAGUGUCGACCUCGUGGCUCUCAUGGACCAAACCACCUUGGCCGCGAGUUUGAACAUUGUCGGCAACGCCUUAAACGCCAGUAACCAGACUGCGUGGAUUGCCAGUGGAUACUUCAUAACUUCGACUACGGGACAGUUGUUGUAUGGCCGCUUGUCCGAUAUCUGGUCUCGCAAAGUGAUUCUUCUCAUCGGUCUUGCGAUCUUCUUCAUCGGCUCUCUCGCGUCUUCCGUGGCUGCGACGGGAACGCAGCUCAUUGUCUUCCGGGCCUGGACUGGUAUCGGAGGCGGUGGGCUCAUGACCGUGGCACAGAUGAUUGUCAGCGAUGUUGUUCCUUUGAGGGAAAGGGGCAAGUAUCAGGGGAUUCUGGGAGCAGUUGUCGCGAUUGCAAACGGUAUCGGGCCCGUCAUCGGUGGUGCCCUGGCCUCGCAGUCCCAUGACUCUUGGAGAUGGAUCUUCCGCCUGAACAUGCCUCUCACCCUUCUGUGUACUCUCUGCGUCAUCUUCUUCAUGCCCUUGAGGAAGGUUGAAGGUGACUGGAAGGUAAAGUUGAAGGCGGUUGACUUCAUCGGCAGUGCCUUAGCUCUGGCCGGUACCGCAGUUCUCAUGCUCGGUCUUACAUGGGGCGGCGGCGAGUAUCCAUGGAACUCAGCUCAUGUAAUUGCCACAAUCGUGGUUGGAUUCUUCGUUUGUGUGGGCUUCGUCCUCUGGCAGUGGAAGGGCGCGAUUUUUCCUCUUGUGCCGUUGCACAUUUUCAAAUCCAAGAUCGUCAACGGCGCCUGCAUCACCAUGGCCAUCAACGGCUGGAACUUCGUCGUCCAGGUCUACUACAUCCCGGCAUUCUACCAGCUGGCCUACGGCUACUCCGCCACGAAAGCCGGAGCUAUGUUGCUUCCCGUCACCUUGACCCAAACUCUGUUCAGUACGCUGUCUGGGCUCGUUGUCCACAAGAUCGGGCGUUACAGAGAGUGCAUCCUUCUCGGCUGGGUUAUGUGGGCAGUUGGUGUUGGAUUGAUGUCGACACUUGACGAGAACUCCAGCGUCGGCAAACAAGUCGGAUACUCUCUCCUCAUCGGUGCUGGAGUUGGCAACACGCUUCAGCCCGCCCUGAUUGCAAUCCAAGCUGGCGUCAGCCGGAGGGAUAUGGCUGUCGUUACCUCAUUCCGCAAUUUCAUCAGGAACCUUGGAAGUACAAUAGGUCUUGCGAUUUCUGGCACGCUCAUCAACAAUAUCUUGGCUAGCAGCAUAGCAGGGCUAGGCUUGGAUGACGAUGAAUCGAGGAAGUUGCUCGCAAACCCUCAGCAUGUCUUAGGGGAGAUGUCCGAGGCCGAUGCGGCUAGAGCCAGAGCUGUCCUUCUUCCUGGCUACAGGAAGGCGUUUCGUAUCAUCUUCCUCGUCAUGGCGGGGCUUGCUGCGUUGGCUUUCUUCGUGGCAUGGUUCUUGAUGCCGCAAGUAGAGCUUAGCCGGCCCGAUGACAAGGACUUGAAAGAUGCGGCUCGCAAGGAGGCCGAUGGAGCCAAGCGUGAGGCCCAGUAG